AUGGAUCGUAAGCCUAAUUUUCUUAAAACAUCAGAAUAUCCAACAGGUUUAGAACUCGAUAUUCCCUAUUAUGAAUAUGGAUUUGCAAUCGAAGUACAAGGAGAACAGCACGAGAAAUAUAUAGAAUUCUUUCAUAGAAGAGACCCGAAUAAUUUUAUCAAACAGCAAGAGCGGGAUCAAACUCAAGAAAGAAUUAUGCGAAGAGAAUUGAGCACUCCCCCCACAUAUUACCUUUAUGCUCAAUAUUCAACACCAUCUCGGAAAUUAUUAUUAGAAUCUACAAAAAGAUUGAGUCAUUCGGUAAGUUUUGUUCCGAUUUUCGUAUUAGGUAAGAUAGCCAGAAGAUUUGAUAUUCGUUGUACUGCAAAGCCACAGAAACGUUACUACGUCGACAAGACACGUUUCGGCAAUUAG